AUGUUAGCUCAAGAGUCACAAACCGAGCCAAGUAAUGGUAACAAAAAUCGAACCCCAAGCCGAUGUAGAGAAUGGGAACGUCAAAGGCGUCUUAAAUUCAAUGAAGCAAUUGCAAAAUUAGGUGAAUUGGUACUGACUAUUAAUAAAGAAAAUGGAGAUACUGCAAAUGAUAAAUCAGGCAGCACUCAAUUUCCUAAAAUUGAAAUUAUACAAAAAGCUAUAAUUUGUUUAACAAAUUUUACACAAGAAAAGUCAAAGCUGAAAGCUGAAGUUUUGGCAUUGGAAGUGAAGUUGCAAGGAUUUGAAAAACUAAAAUGUGAUACUAAAGAUGAGUGCGUUCAGGUUACUCUGGGAACAGGAAGAGGUAAACAAAAUAGCAAAUACUUGAAGCUCUUAAUGUUGAAAAAAUGCAAAAAUAAUAUAGACAACAAGGAUGAUAAACCAAAAAAAUCAGGGAAGGAUCCUCCAAAGUCAAGAAAGACGUUGGGGCAACUACCUAAACUGUUGCCUUUGCCGAGUAAAAAAGAAAAUACAAUUGUUAUGCUGCCAGCAACUCCAUAUAUAUUUCCUCAAAGGCCAAUUUUAUUUCCAACUGCGACACCAACACUUGUUUUACUUGAUACCAAUUUACAGUCACUGAAUAAAGUGCCGAUUGUUAAUAGAAAUAUACAUGAUAUGACCAAAACUACAAUGGUUAAUGUGUUACCUAUAUCCGCAUAUUCGCGUCCUUUAUCUGCGGCAAAAGCAAAGCGAAAUAGUAAAUCAAAGGGUACUGUUAAAAAAGGAACAAAGAAAAAAGAUGAGAGUAAUGUGUCUCAGAUACCUGUCAGUACCAAAGAACCUUCGAUUCCCGAAACAAGUAAAGAUACUGAAGAAAAGAACAAAGCAAACAAUGAUAAUAGUUCACCAGGACACAUCGAACAAUCGGCAGAGAGCACGAAAACUGUGAAUACUGAUUCUUCAGAAAAACCAAUCUCAACUCAAUCUAACUCGGUCAAUAAUAUGGAAGUUCCUAAAGAAACAAACACAUCUGAAGAAAAUUUGCCUUCCAAAAUAUCGUCUGAAAAUCAAGAAAGUAUUAGCCCAACGGAUAAGUCUUCCGUACCUCUGAAUACAAGUGUUGAAAAUCAUCCAGUUCCUAUCACAAAACCUGCAGCAAAUGAACCAGCAACAGUGAACAAGAACCCUGAGUUCAAAGAUAAUAAAGAGCAAAUUCAGAAAGAUUCAAAACUACAAAAUAUUUUGCAGCAACCGAUAUGUGAAAACGUUGAUGCAGGCAAUGCCAGGUUAGAGUUAGCAGAGGAGUUUUUGGCUGCUUCGCCUACUGCUGCAUUUCUUAUGUCGUUUCCAUUGGUUAGCGGAAAUCGAGCUGACAGUCCCAAUGAGGAAACACCACAGAGUACAAACUUGAAGGAGAAUACGUGUAGAACAGAAAUGCCCCCUCAAAGUUUCUUCGAAAAGCAAAAGCCGAAACCCAUAAGCAAACCUCAAAAUGAAAGCAUUAAAACGACUAUUUCUGAGAAAAUUCAAAAUCCCAAAAUCCUAAAUAAACUUGCAGAUACUAAACCGCCUAUGACAACCGCAAAUACGAGUGUCGGCAGUGAAAAUCCUUUCCUUAAUUUACCCCUCCCGACGAUUGUUACCACAAAUUGUAGCAUGACUGAUACAUCGUUUGGCUUAGAUUUCGAUUGCAAUGUAAGUAAAGCCCCGUCGAACCAGCCCGCUAAUUAUGUCAGCAGUAAUGCUUUGUUCUAUAAAAGUGAUCCUUUUGCAUCAGUAAAAAACACUGUUUACAGUACUAGUAGCCUGUCUUCUGGUCAUGAAUAUAACAGUCUCGGUCUGUAUCCUUGUGCGGUAGACAACUACUCCUCCAAAAAUAAAACUGACUUUCCUAACAUUGACGAAAAUCUUAUGAAGAUUAACUCAUCUAGACUUACCUAUGAUAUUGAUCUGGGAUGGUCACAUAAAAGUCUCGAUUUCAACUGUACGACAACAUCAAAUUCCCUCCACAAAGAUAACAUCUUUACUUCAACCCCCUCAACUUACGCUAGCUCUUAUAAUCCCUUCAAUCCAGAAUUUCAUGCAUCUCUAUCCAAUGUAGCUAAAAAAGACUUAUUAACUAGUAAAUCUUCCACUUUUACUGAAGCAAUCACUAGCUUUUAUUCCCAGACCGGGAACUUAUGGGCUGAUGAUGUGAGUUCCAUAUUUGCUAAUGCAUCAGCCACGAAAAAUACGCUUUCAAAGAACCAACAGUACACAGAACCUAAUCAAGUCAACACUAAUGUAAAGGCCACUGGCACACCCAAGCAGUAUGAUUCCAAACAAAAUUUAAUAAAUUUGGACAACCAUAAGUCUCACACAACGGUGGCCGGCAACCAACAUAAUGUAUCUGAGAAGUAUACCAAAAAGUCACCCAGUAAAAUGCACAUAAAUUGGAUGACAUCUGAAACCAGACCUUCACAAAACAAUUGUCAACAAAUUCAGACAGAAAUUAAAGAAAACUAUAAAGGAAACUAUGGCCAUAUCAACGCAUCAAGAAAAGUGGGUCAAAAUGAAAAUUAUUUUCCCAUAAAUAUGCAUCAUUUCCCAUCGCAAAAUAACCACGAGGAAUUGCAGAUGUGGCCGCCAACAAAACCCGCAGGAACAGCUGAAAUCAGUAUUGAACCACCUCCAAUUCACUUGCCAACGUUAGUCGGAGAUUUAGCAUUGGGGCCGCACGAAAAGAAAAGAAAUGAUUUAAUCAACAGAGGUAUAUAUCAAGCCGAUCAAAACUGUUCCAAUUUCUUUUCUGUCACUCAGUUGAUGAACCGCUCUUCCGAUAUUCCAACUUCGCGGUCACAUGCAACAAACAUUGAACAGAAACCCAAUACAAAACACAAUUUAAGCCAGAUUGUGAGCGAUACCAGCCGCAAGUCUAUCAAUCCACGCGAAAGCAAUCUUCAGCACUGUUAUGGAUUCGGUGAUGCCAAAGUAACGAAUAACUUUGAUGCUCUAAACCAGUUCUCGCAUACGAAGUCGAAACCAAAUAAACAGGAAAAGAAUUCGAAACAACAAAAAAUUAAUUAUUCCGCUGAAGCGCUAAUACGUGGCGGUACGUGCAGUCAAAAAGUGCACGAGAACAAUACAAAAUUCAUGAUACCAUCUCAAAAAUUUGGCGAUUUUAAUGUUACGCACGAUACAAGCGUAGCCCAAGUAUCGCAUUACCCACCACUGCUGGAUUAUCCGGAAAAUAGUUACGUCGGCCAACAAUAUUCCACCACAACAUUGUAUAAUUCGACGGCAAAUACAAUGCCUAAUACCUUUUACUCGAAUUUUAUGCAAAAUGGAAGUAACUUAAUGCCCAGUAGUUACACAGGUGGUCCGUUUACUGGUGAAUUCGUAGAUUAUAACCAGUCAGCCGAAUGCAAUUACGUAAAUCAUAAAUACGACGACAUCAAACUCAGAAAUAACACAAACUUCCACCAAGACAAAAGCACAAGAAGAGAGGCCGCUAAACACAAACUUGAUUGCAAGAAAGAGACAACAAAGAAGUACCCCACAAAACGAUCGAAAAUUACCACAGAAUCUGAAGAAUGGGGGGAGAAUACAAAUAUGUUGUGGCAGAAUAAAGCAAUGAAUAAGAGACACACCAAUAUGAUGUCAGAGGAAUUACAAUUUCCUAACUUCAUAGGCAAUCAGAUGCCCACACAGUAUCAACCAGAUUUUCUCAAUACCCACCUCAUGCCUUCCAAUGUUCAGAGUGUAGGGUCUAAUGUCCACGGCGAAAGGACUUCAUCAACGUUCCCUGUAGCUUCGCGGAGUAACUUCAAUCUCAGCACAUUGUUUCCAGAAAUUACAAUGUCUCGCUGUUUAUGCCUACUGACUUUGGCCAUAAAUCGUUCGUAUGGAGAAUCAUUCACGUUGGGCUACAUCACCGGGUCACAGCGACGGCCUGGAGAUAUGAACUACCCAAGACCAGGCAGGGUCAUUUCAGGUGCAAUACCUAUGGCCAUUGAAGAAGUCAAUGAAAAGCUCCUUGGGCCGAUGGGACAUUCUUUAGACUUCGUAGUGGCCGAAACAUUUGGACAGGAAGAAGUCUCUAUAAAGCAGGUUGCAGCGCUAUGGGCAGCUAAUGUAUCGGCCUUCAUCGGUCCGCAAGAGACGUGUGUACAUGAGGGACGAAUGGCAGCAGCUUUCAACCUACCCAUGAUAAGCUAUUACUGUCGAGACGUAGCGAGCUCCAACAAACGGGUAUACUCAACUUUCGCUAGAACAAAACCUUCGGACAUCGAUAUAUCCCGCUCCGUGGUUGCAGUGCUCACGCAUUUUAAUUUCAUGCAUAUAGCGGUCGUCUACCUAAAGGCGCCAAAUCAUGACUUUUCGCGCCUGGCCCACGCGAUAAUAACAGCAGCGAAUGAGGAGAAAAUCGCCAUCCGGACUGUACAAGUGUAUCGACAGCCUUAUUAUUACGAAAAUAGGCGAGAGAACUUCUCACGAAACCCAUUCUUGGACAUCGUCCGCGAGACAUACAAGGAUACAAGAAUUUACGUCUCAAUUGGUUAUUAUCAUGAUCACAUCGGGUUAAUGUUGGCUUUGGACAGCAUGAAGUUAUUAGACGCUGGCGAAUACGCAGCGAUCGGAGUAGAUGUCGAAAAAUACGAGUCAGAAGAGGCCAUUCGUUAUCUCGCGGGUCCGUUGUUGAAGGAACCCAGUGCGAGGACGAUUAAGGCUUUCCGGUCUUAUCUCGCUGUGGCACCUUCGCCUGCGCCCUCGUACCCAGUAUUCUCUAUGGAAGUGAAUAAGCGUCUACAGAUGCCGCCUUUCAAUUUCGUUAAUCCCUUAUUGGCUUUGGGAGGAGGCAAAGUGAUACCAGUAGAAGCAGCCUGGUUGCACGAUGCUGUGUGGUUAUAUGCUCGCGCCUUGGUGACUGCUCUUAGAACGGGCGAAAGUCCUCGUGACGGUCGCGCUUUAGCUGCUUACAUGAGGAAUACCACAUACAAGAGUGUUAUGGGGUACAGCGUUCACAUGGAUGAGAACGGCGAUGCAGAGGGCAACUACACUCUACUUUCCGUAGAUCCUACGAAGCCUCCAGGGCUCUAUCCACUUGGCGUCUUCCACAAAAUGUCUCCGGAAUUACGACUCCACCGAGAACUGAAAUGGCCUGGAGGUAGAGUGCCACUCUCAGAACCUCCCUGCGGGUUUCGAGGUGAAAAAUGCGUUAGUCAUAUUGGUGCGUGGGCCCUUGGAGCAUCUGGUGGUACCCUAGUACUUCUAGCACUUGCGGCUUUAGCUCUAUACCGAGGAUGGAGAUACGAGCAAGAACUGGACUCACUUCUGUGGAAAAUCGAUUUCAGAGAUCUCCACUUACCUGAUGAUGAGCAGCGCGCCAACAAAAUGAAUAGCACUGGCUUGAAUACGAAUUCAAGUAACGCGAUAUGCGAGAAGGGCAGCAUAGGGGCGGCACGGUCAAGCCAAGUCUCUCUCAGCUCUAACCCAGACUUGGACUUCCGGUACUCAGCCAUCUUUACCCAAGUCGCCUUUUACCGUGGUCGCUUGUUGGCAGUGAAGCGCGUGAGACGACAUCAUAUCGAUAUUAACCGGGAAAUCAAGAAGGAACUCAAAAUUAUGCGGGAUUUGCAACAUGACAAUGUGAAUGGGUUUGUGGGCGCGUGUAUCGAGCCGCCUAAUGUAUGCGCUCUCUCCGAAUACUGUACUAGAGGCAGCCUUAAGGAUAUUCUUGAGAAUGAGGACAUUAAAUUGGAUAAUAUGUUCAUUGCAUCGCUCGUCGGAGACAUUAUAAGGGGUAUGAUCUUCAUUCACGAGUCCCCGCUGCAGUACCACGGGUCCUUGCGACCUUCAAACUGCCUCGUGGACGCGCGAUGGGUGGUCAAACUCGCAGACUUCGGGCUCCGGGAGUUCCGCCGCGGGGAGCUGCCACCCUCUGAUCCUACAGCUCUUAGAUCUCAUAUAGAAUGUCUAGUCUACCUAUCCCCAGAGCUGCUACGUUCAGCCGGUUGGGGAAAGGACUGCUUCCCCACGUCACUUGAAGUUAGGUGCGGUUCACCGGCGUCUGACGUUUAUUCGUUUGCAUUACUCCUGUACGAACUUCACACUCGUCGGGGUCCCUUUGGCCCGGGAGCUCCAUCACCGCCCUCGCUAUUACGUCGUUUAGCACAUCCCUACCCUGCGCCUUAUAGACCACCUCUCGAAGCUUUAGCGGAUCGUUUUGACUGCGUGAGAGAAUGCUGCGCUGAAUGUUGGGUGGAGGAUGCAAGCACUCGUCCUGAUUUUAAGGCAAUACGUACAAGAUUACGGCCGCUAAGGAAGGGCAUGAAACCAAAUAUAUUCGAUAAUAUGAUAGCUAUGAUGGAAAAAUAUGCUAACAAUUUAGAAGCACUGGUCGACGAAAGAACAGAUCAGCUGCAGGAAGAGAAAAAGAAGACAGAGGCGCUGUUAGAGGAAAUGUUGCCUGCACCAGUUGCAGAACAACUGAAGCGCGGGCGACGCGUGUUACCCGAAAACUAUGAUUCCGUUACUAUAUACUUUAGUGAUAUUGUUGGCUUCACUGCCAUGUCUGCUGAGAGCACUCCGUUACAGGUGGUCGACUUUUUAAAUGACCUCUACACCUGUUUUGACUCGAUAUUAGAAAAUUUUGACGUCUACAAAGUUGAAACUAUCGGUGAUGCAUAUAUGGUUGUAUCAGGUCUCCCGAUUCGCAACGGAAUCCUUCACGCGGGCGAAAUAGCCUCUAUGGCUCUGGCUCUGCUCUCUGCGACACGCGCGUUUCGUGUACGUCAUAGACCCGACCAGAGAUUACUGCUGAGAAUUGGAAUUCACUCUGGUCCUGUCUGCGCAGGAGUCGUCGGACUGAAAAUGCCCCGUUAUUGUCUAUUUGGGGAUACAGUAAACACAGCUAGCCGUUUUGAAUCAACCGGCGUUGCCCUCAAAAUCCACUGCAGCUCGGCUUGUAAGGCUUUGCUUGACCAGCUCGGGGGUUAUAUUCUGGAAGAGCGCGGUAUAGUUUCUAUGAAGGGUAAACGGGAUCAGGUGACAUACUGGGUGCGUGGUGAGGACCCAGAGGCAGCUGCAAGUCGGACGAGGCGACGCGCCAUUCACAAGGAAGGCACGCCGAUUGUUGACAAUAAACGAAAUAGGAGCUCGCUCAAGUCACGGGGGUGGAAGAACCAAGUUGGCGGCUUGCAUAGAUGUUGUAGUUUAGAAUCUCCAAAGAAACUAAGAUUUGCUUCGGGAAAUCACUUAGAAUCUCACAACGAUAGUGUUAUGCAUCAUCGGAGCGACGAAUACCUUAUGGAAGUGAUAGGCGAAAACCGAGUUGCUCCAAGCCCGCGGAUCGAUCUCCUGGAGGCACCAAGCCUUCGUCAGGAGUACACCAGCGUAUCAUGCCCCAUAAUUGAACAUGUCCCAGAAUGUGACAUUCGACUUAUUGUUAAUGGCGUACAAGAUCCUGCGGCUCUACCGUUGCUCGCUGAUGCUUAA